UAAAUGAACACCCUUUCUAAAAAGGUAUUUCAAGCUCAAAAAAGAGUUUUAGCCUACAAAACUAUGCCUCUUUCGCCCUCCAUCUGGUCGAUGAGGACCUUCUGAGCUACAUUUGGAAGGAGAGAUAUCAAAGUAAAGCCUAUCAUGGCUACCAAAGAUGAAGAAUUAGCUGCUGAUCUAGACAAUUAUCUCACAAAUUUACACUCUAUUCGUGAUCUCCAUAAGAAAGUUCGGCAUUUUACACACCCAAAAGGCUUCAUGCUCUACAGAAAGAACCAGAUGAAUGCAUCCCAGGACUCGUCACAGGAGCUGAACUCAAGGAAGAUUAGAAAUCAUAUCAUCUAUAACUCCUUAGUUAUUGAAAAAGGAACUCCAGAGACAUUCGGUUUAAAGAGCUCAGAAAUGGCAUCUAAGUUGUUUGAUUCAAGCCUGAAGAUCAUUAAGAGCUCUAACUCGCCAUUGUUUGAGAAUGACAAGAUCCAUUGUUUGUACCAGCUCAGCCUUAUUACUCAGACUCCUAAACAGAAAAGCUUGCUGAAGCAAACAGCAGAAGAGGUUUUAUAUGAGACCCAGCUUAAUGAUCUUAAUAAUGAAGCAGCAAUUGAUUCUUUUCUAUUAGUCACUCAUUCAGGGCUUCAUCUUGAACACAAGAGACUUUAUAAUGAUAUAUUACAGCAAAUGUGUAACAAAGGAAGAAUUUAUAGAAUUGAUGAAAUCCGUAAAGCAGUCGUAAUCUUGAAUCAGGCUCCAAUACUUCUUAAAGAUGAAGCAUUGAGGUAUUAUAUUCCAAAACUAUUCCAAAAUAACUUGAGUCCUUUAUUGCCAAAGACUGAUAUUAGGACCUUCCAUCAGAUAUCAAUCCUUCUGAAAAACUACAGGUCCGUGAUUCCGAAGCAAGAACACACCAAGUUGGCAAAAGUUGGGAUCAAAAGAAUAAAUAGGAUAGCCCAAGGCGCUGAAAGGCAGAAUAAUCCUGAAAGAGAUGAGCUUGAAGACAGCCCAUUUUUGAGCCUUCUAAAGAUGCUGGAGAGCUAUUCAUGUAUUAAAGACUUCUCUGAAGCCCAAAUCGAGAGAAUCUGUUACCAGACACAGAAAAUAAUUGAGACAAAGGCUCUGGAUGUCUCUUUCACUUUCCUAUUGAAAGUCUUAGAGAGACUCAACGCAUUCACUGGGUAUAAUGAAGCAUCAGCAAAUCUCUAUGAGUUUCUUGUCCAGUCCAUUGGAGAAUCAAUGGGAGAUCAGUCUUUCGUUAACUCAAAAACACUCAAGAAAUUAGCUGAAUUCAUCAAAAUUUUGGAAGAAAAUCAGCUUCUUGAAAAGGCAUUCACUGACCCAGAAGAGAAGAAAACACAGGAAGAGUUAGAAAACACUCCUGAAAUAAAGGAGUUUGACAAAAGACUUCAAUAUGUUAUCUCGAGAAGUCUCCAGGAAGCCUCUCUGGCAGAUCUCCAUUGGUUCUUUCUGCAGAGCACUUACAGAGUAGACUCCAUUCUUAUAGCAGGAAAGCUAGAGCUACUAAACCAAAAAUGGGCCAACAGUCGGUCAAUAAACGUCUCUUGUAAAUGGUUCGAUAUCUUAGAGAAGAGAAAGAGGUUCCUUCAAGGCCAACACGAAAUUACUAAAGAAAUUUUCUCUGAGAUCAGACAGAUAGAUCGAGACCAGAAAUUAAUAAUCCAAAGCACAAGUAUUGCUAUCAACUCCAAGCUAGAAUCUACUUCUUCAGGGGAUGGAAAGUCUGAUUUAUACAACCUGAACCACUGGAUAAAGAUCCUGAACUUGGAUAUUAAGCCUUACCAUAAUGAAAUUGAGACAGGCUUGAUGUACAGUCUUGAGAUAAAUUUGUUCAAAACUCUUAAAAGAUAUAAAACUGAUUUAGAACUAGUAAAGCUGAUUGUAAAGCACAGAGACCAAGAAGGAGGACUUAAAGAUUUCUAUCCAACCCUGCCAGGCCUGAAUAUAGACCUUAGUAUCUUCAUGAAGAGGGUUAAAAAAGGAAAAUAUUCACCUAAUCAAAAGAAUAACUUGUUGGCGCUAAUUUCUUAGACAAUCUGU